AUGGAACAUUCACGUGAUAGAGCUGCUGGUGGAUCUGUCAAUAGUCCUCCAUGGUUCAAUGGUGGAUGUGAAAAAUAUACUCAGUGGAAGAUAUACAUGAAAUCAUAUCUCUACGCUCAAGAUGAACAUGUGUGGAAUAUUGUGGAAAAUGGAUGGACUGUACCUGUGAUAAAAGCAAAAGGAGAGAGCUCUUCCAUUGUCACUCCCAAACCAAGGAAGGACUGGACUGAAGAAGAAGUUCGUGAUCUGCAAGCAGACUUCAAAGCUAAGAACAGCAUCUUCACAGCUCUAUCUGAGCGAGAAAAACUGAGAAUCAGUCAUUGUGAUACUGCCAAGCAUGCAUGGGAUCUUCUACAGACUACAUACGAGGGAAAUAAAAAGGUACGUGCACAGAAACUACAAGCCUUGAUCUUUGAAUUCGAGACAAUGACCGUGGGAGAUGAUGAAAUAGUAGAUGACUUUCAUGGUAGAAUUCUUAAAAUCUCUGGUCAAUGUCGUAGUCUGGGGGCACCCUUUGAUGAAGACAAGAUUGUCAAAAAGAUACUCAGAGCUUUGCCAGAAAAAUUUCAUUCAAAAGUCACAAGUAUAGAGGACUCAUUUGAUAUUGAUGAGUAUCCACUUGAUGAGCUCAUCGGAAAUCUUAAAACUUAUGAAAUGAGAUUGAAGCCUGAGAAGAAAAAUAAAGGUGUGGCCUUCAAGGCAGUCAAAGGAGAAGAAGAGGAGACAGUGGAUCUUGCGCUAUUGACAAAGGAAUUUAAAAAAUUCCUCAAAAACAAGAACUCAUCCAGAAAUCCCAACCCAUCUAAGAAAAACUCCUACAAUGGCAGUAGCAGCAGUGAUUACAAUAGCAAGAAUGGGAAAACAAACUUCAAGGGAACUCAUUCAGGCAAAACUAAGUGUUAUGAGUGCGGUGGCUACGGUCAUAUUUCCACUGACUGUGGAAAUAGGAAGCAUGGAAAUAGCAACAAUAAAUCACUUCUCUCAACCUGGAGUGAUGAUGAGUCUCAGGAAGUGGAAAAUGUUGCGUUUGUAUCAUCACUUCUACCUGACUCUGACAGUGAUGAAGCCUUCUCUGAUGAUGAAACAAAUAUCCGCUGCAGACAACUCUACAAAGCUUCAAAGGCAACUCUCCUCAGAAACUUGAGUUUGGAAAAAGAAGUUGAAUUCCUGAGAACCGAAAAAGAAAAAUUAGAGAAACUUUUGGAAACAUCACAAUCUGCAUGGGAACUGGAAAGAAGCAAACAUGUAGGUGAACUAGCAGAUUUGCAAGAUGACCAGAAGUCUUCAACUUGGAAGACUGAAAAGACUGAGUAUCUCAACAGAAUCAAAACAAAAUGCUAG